AACUUCUUCUUCCCGGUUUUACCAACCACCUCGUAUACUCUGUUUCUCUAUCUCUCUCCAAACUCAUUACUUCUGUUUUUUUUAUAUCUCUUGAAUUCUAUUUCAGGACAUUCCUGUUGCGUUCUCCUUGAAGCACUUAAAAGGAAGUGACGAAGUCAAAACGGCUAACUUGAGAUCAGACGCAUCAGAUAUCACCUGGAAAGUGAAGAUUGACGGUCGGAGAAUCUCUGACGGUUGGGAAGAUUUCGCCGUCGCACACGAUCUUCGAAUCGGUGAUAUUGUAAUUUUCAGACACGAAGGAGAGAUAGUGUUCCAUGUCACAGCUUUAGGACCAAGUUGCUGUGAGAUUCAGUAUGGUGGAUAUAACGUUGAUGAAGAGGAAAAAAUAGAGAAGCUUCGUGAUACAGAGAGGGUUUCAAGAAAGAAGAAGAGACCAGAAAUAGAGACAGAGACAGAGAUAGAGACAGAAGCAGAAUCUUCAACAACAGACCAAUCUUGCUUCAACCUCACUGUCACAACUUCGAAUCUAAAUCGCGACACAGUGUUUAUUCCCAUGACAUUUGGAUUGGUAAAUGGUCUAGAGAAGAAAUUUAAGAUCGUUUUGAUGAAUGAAAAAGGAGAAUCAUGGAAGAUACACUUGAGACGCCAGGCGAAACCAGACGGCCGGUUUUACAUGAUAGGAGAGAAUGUUCCAAAAAAGAAGCGUCAAAAAAUAGAAGCAGCUCCUUCAUCAGACCAAUCUUGUUUUGAGGCCAUUGUCACGACAUCAAACCUAAGAACCGAUUCAAUGUAUAUUCCGAAAAAGUUCGCAGUUUCAAAUGGUCUAAUAGAGAACCAUCAGAUUGAUUUAAUGAAUGAACAUGGAAAAUCAUGGACGUUAUACUUGAGAUACGAGGCGAAUAGAAAACGGUGUAACAUGAGCAGAGGCUGGAGAAGUUUCUGUGUUGCUAAUGGGAAGAAACCUGGGGACAUAUUCAAUUUAAAAUUGGUCCGAAAUGAGGAAAGACCUGUGCUUAAGUUGCUCCCUAUGAAUCUUCACAAAAUUGAGCCUAGCAAUGACACAAGGCAAGAUACCGAAAAGAGUUUCUUGGUGUAGAAGCUACCAUAAAAGAAGAAAACAACACAACAAGCCAAAACCGAUUUGUGACAUUAACAGAUCCACCUGAAAAUAGACUUAAUCUUCCGAUGGAAUUCACGAAGGGGAUUCGCAGAAAAAAGAAAGCAGCGAAGAUAACCGAUGCUUGACCGGUUCGGUACAAAGUGGUCGACGACACUAUUAAUGAAUAUGAAGGAAAGAGGAGCAAUGAGUUUGGGAAGAAACUGGAAAGGUGUCUGUGAGGUUCACGACGUUAAGAUGGGUGAGUCUUUUGUCUUGGAGUUGAUUUGGGAAGACAGUUCCGAUUCUUAAGUUUUGUUCCAAAAUUUGAGAAUCAUAGUAUAUAGUAAGAAACUUUGUUAAAGAGUUAUUUUCAAAAAAAAAAAAAAAAAAAAAAAAUCUUUGUUCAAGAGGCUGUUUUGUUUAAUGUCCUUCAAUAGAUUUAGUUAUGUUUAACAAUGUCAUA